GGCCGGUGAGGAGGAGGCGGUCGGAGGCUUGUCCAGCUGCGGCGCGCGGGAACGCGCUUGGGUGUUGUUUUCCGGGUCCUGGGAUCUGGAGGCGGUGAACUGACAUUAAAUACAGGAGAACUUUGGUACUUGCCUCUCAGAUUGUGGAAGAUGAAAAUUCUGCCACAAGGUCUAAAGGAGGGGGCAGAUGUGUUAUUUACAAAAGUGGAUUAAUUUCCAUGAUAAAUGAAAAUGGCCAACUCAUUAAGAGGAGAAGUAUUGAAUCUUUAUAAAAAUCUGCUGUAUCUUGGACGGGACUAUCCAAAAGGAGCAGACUAUUUUAAAAGGCGUUUGAAGAAUGUUUUCCUUAAAAACAAGGAUGUGAAGGACCCAGAGAAGAUCAAAGAACUUAUUGAACGAGGCAAAUUUGUAAUGAAAGAGCUAGAAGCUUUAUACUUCCUUAGGAAAUACAGAGCUAUGAAACAACGCUAUUAUUCAGAUAUCAACAAAACUAACUGAUCAUUACUUUAGAUCAGCUGAAAAUCAGUGCCAGCUGUUUGUAUAUACCACACACUGUGAAAUAAACCUUAAAAAUGGCAACACCUAUGUAAAAAAGAAAACCUGAGCUGCUUUGCUGAUCUAAAGUAACUUUUGAUGUUUACUGAUACUAAGAGCUUUGUCCACAACUCUGUGGUGAAUUCUUAUUACUAAAAUAGCUAUGUUACCAAUUGUAAAUGAGUAUUCAAUAUAAUACAUUUAAUUCUUCAUUUUACUGAUGAAAGAACACCACUCAAGCAAAAUAAUUUCUCAUACAUUUAUUGCUCUUAACAUUUGAAGAACUUUUAUUUUUGACCCAAUUUGGUACACUGAGGCCAGUAUUCAAGGUCUGUUACCAAACCAAACAGACCUUAGUAAUGAUUUAAAUGCAAUUCUAGAAAUAAUAUGAAGAUUAUGUCAGACCUUAAAAGCCUGCCAAUGACUAGCAUUACAUAACUUCAGUUAUUUCCACUAAUUUUACUGCUGGCUCCCUCUGGGUCUUAGAUAACCAGCUGUGUAUCAGUUGUCUUCUUUCAUAAAAUGUAAUAAAUGUUACUUUACUUUUAUUGUCAUAAAAGCAGUUUGUUUUGCAUCUACUUUUAAGUGGGUUAACGUGGCAGUGGACGGAACCCUAACAUGAUUUUAAGUUUAAAUAAACACUUAAAACCUA